GACUUGUCACUAAAAACUAUGAAACAGAUAGCGCUUUACAAACAGCAUAGAUUUAUCCAUGAACGAAGGCCGAACGAAACCUUCCUAUGCAAAAACGAACAGGCGAUACUGUCGACUGCGAGGGUCCUGGGGAAGCUUCUCAUCCAGACUCCUCAAUUUGAACGAGAUGCAKGGUGUGACGCCUGUUGUUUUUUGAACUUCCGCUUUCUGUUUUGUUGGAUAUUUCAAGCUUUCAGCGAGGCAAUCAUGUAUCGAACUCAUAACCCAAGUGCCCCAGGAAUGCAUAACAUGCCAGACUCAAGAGACAGCCACAUGAGGGUUUCAUACAAAGAAAAUCCUGGCUUUUUUCAAAAAGUGCAACAGAGUUUCUGCGCAUCCCUGUUUGGUAUUCUCCUUGUUAUAGCUUCUUUUCCAGUAAUUUAUUGGAAUGAGGUAAGAAAGAUAUGUAAGGAUCAGCUUCUUUUUAGGUGUCGACCUGAAAGAAUCUCUCAGGAAGGGGGGAGGAGGAGAAGGGGGGUGGGGGCUUCUAUGAGAAGAGGGCAGAGUUGCUUGGCAUCUUGCUUCUGGCCCUCUGGUGAGCAUAUUGACAGGGUUCCACUGUAUCCUUUUUUAGUAAAACCAUCCUAUUAUACUCUUUUUUUCUUAUAUUCUCUUCUAGCUACAGACUGGAAAGACCAUGUUGUUAGAAGCAAUAGUUUUGACAAUCCCUCUGGGCACCAAAACCCAAACAGUAUGCCAGUGAAUUCUUACACUAAGGAAGCAGAUUUUGUGAGAGUUGGAGCUUUUGCGCUGUCCCAAGCACUCAUUGGAAAAAUCAGUGACUUUCAAUCGCUUUCUCCAAGAGAAGUUCCAUAUGGGAAGGCCAUGUACCUUCAUAAUGGGAUGUUCUACCAUGCUGUGGAUCCGUAUUACCCAAGAGUAAGAAAACAAAAUAUUGUAUCAACAUGUGAUAGUCAAAAGCAUAGAUCUCUGGGGUGGGGUUGCUCGUCGGAAAAUUUGAAUUCAACCUCUAUAGGAGAUCAACCUGCGCGUGAAAUUUUUGAUGCCGAGCAGUCCACCAACACAGCCUUGACAUGGGUUUUGAGAGGGGAAAUUUUUGAUGCCGAGCAGUCCACCAACACAGCCUUGACAUGGGUUUUGAGAGGGGUGGGAUGGAUUUUGAUGUUUCUUGGAUUUCAGAUGACGACCAGCAUUCUUUGCGCGCUGAUCUCCUGGUUGCCAGUUGUCCGUGAACUUGUAGGCCUGGGCCUGACUCUGUUAACCCUCUGCCUUGCCACGUCAUUGACGCUGGUUACCAUAGCAAUUGGCUGGAUUGCUCAUCGACCACUUCUAGGCCUGACAUUAUUGGCGGCAGCCGUUGUUCCGAUAGUGUUCUCUAGACGGCGGGCUCAGGCUGUGAAUCAUCGAAAGACCUAAACAUUUAUGUUGUAAAUGAACUUUGAGAAAUGUGUGUGUGUGUGUGUGUGUGUGUGUGUGUGUGUGUGUGUGUGUGUUUUAUGGUCACUAACUGGAGGGUAUGUCUUUUUAAGUGACUAAAUGUGUCGAGCUCGUAUGUGUGCGUGUUGUGUGCCUUUGAGUACGGUCAAAGUUACUGAAUUCAAUAAACACAUCUAGGAUUCUUACAAAUAACAAGAAUCCAAUAGGAAAAAAUUGAAAUGCACCAAAAAAUACCUCUAGUCCACAUUUUAGUUAUCUAGUUAUUCUUGGCGAAAGGAAGGAAAAAAACAAUGAACAAUUAACAUAUUUUUGUUUUCUAAGUUAUUUAGUUGUCUAAAGGUUUAGCAUAGGAUAAGAAUCAUUUGUUGAUGUUCGACGGAGGAUCUCACAUAUUUAUUCAUUAGAUUCAUUAGUUGGUUCCAUUCUAUUUAUUAGUGUAAGAAGUAGAGUAAAUAGAUAUUAGCCUUAGACAUCUGUUCAUGUAAAUGAUCGCCAAAAAUAAAGUCAGAAAUGUAACCUA